AUGCUGUGUGUCCCGCUAGUACGUCCAGGAUGCCAAUGGCUCUUGGACUUUGACAACGUCGAAUCUGUUGACUUGCUGAUGAACUACUGGCCAAUCGCUUCUCAAGGCCAGGCGAUCAUCACAACUCGCAACCAUAGCCUCGCGUUCUAUCCUACUGAUGGCGGCGUUGAGAUCGCAGAAUGGGAUACUGAAACAGGAUCUCAACUCCUCGUUCACUUGCUGUCAACCGACAUCGGCAACCAACUGACCCAAGAUGAGGCUGAUAGUGCUCAUGAGGUGCCUCUUACCCUCAGAGGACAUGCCCUCACCUUGUCUCUUAUGGCUAGUCUGAUUCGUCACCGCUCUUGGUCCAUGAAGGACCCUUUCGAAAUGUACAAGAGGCAGCCACAGAAGGUCCACGGUAUAUUUGGGAACAGCUCAAUCAAUCCUCUUUGGAAUAUGUUGUUCCAGUCACUGAACGAAAGUACCUGCGCCAUUCUGGGCGUACUGGCUUUUCUUUCUCCGGACAGCAUUCCUCAAGCGCUCUUUGAACCAAAAGAUCCCGACCGCCAAAAGAGUUUCAACGAUGCGACUCUAUUCGUCUCUGCCGCCUUUCCACGCAAGGAUGCCGAGUUUGCGCAAAUGUACCAUUCGUGGAAACAAUGCUCGCUCUACCUCCCACAUGUACUCAGCUUGAGGGGUUCCUUCCGCGAAGAGAGGGAAGCCAACCCGAAUUUUUCGGCACUGAUGCAAUACUCUAGCCUGAACAAUGCAUGCCAACGCUAUCUCAUCGAAACCAACGGCUACAAUGACCUCGUCGUUCUUUUGGAAGUCAACGCCAUGGCCAUGCCCACGAUUCCUCCCCAGCCAUCGAGUAUCCAAAUCGAGCUUGAAGGCGACCUUGCGUCUCCCAGGGGCCAAGCGCUGGCACGAGUAGGCAGGGCCGAGGAAGGAGUCAAGCAAGUCAAGUUGUCGUAUGGUAUCUUUGCCAAAGAUCGGCCACGCAACCUCCGCGAAGAGGCAUGGUGUGCCGAAAACCUCGCCGACGGCAUCGCGUCGACGCACAACUUUCCGGAGGGGCCCAAGACACUGGCUUAA